CCCACUUUGGAUCAUCUAUCAAGUUGACACUGCCAUCCUCCCGACCACCACUUGCACAACAGCAUCAAGACCAACAACACAACACAGCACACCGCCAUCAUGACGGACCGUCUCCGUGACUUCAAGUUCAAGGGUCGCGAUAGCGACGCAGCACGCAAUCGCCGCCGUGAAAACGUUGUUGAGUUGCGCCGCACCAGCAAGAAUGAGCAGAUGAUGAAGCGCCGCAACUUUGUGGCCACCGACGACGUCAAGCCCCUUGGCGAGAGCAGCCAGAACAUCCUGGAAGAGAACACUCACAUGGAUCUGCCCCAGAUGAUUGUGGCAAUGCAGUCCCCCGAUAUUGCCACCAACUUGGCCGGCACCGUAGCUUGCCGCAAGCUUCUGUCCAAGGGCCACAACCUUCCCAUCGACAAUGUCAUUGAGGCCGGCCUCGUGCCCCGCCUCGUCCAGUUUCUGGCUCGCGACGACAACUCCAAGCUGCAGUACGAAGCCGCGUGGGCUUUGACCAACAUUGCCUCUGGCACCUCUGAACAGACAACCGCCGUGGUCGAGGCCAAUGCCCUGCCCUAUCUCAUCAAGCUCCUCAGCUCCAAUGACGAGGACACCGUGGAACAGGCCAUCUGGUGCAUCGGUAACAUUGCUGGUGAUGGCCCCCACUACCGCGACAUGUCGCUGACGGCCGGUCUCCUUCAGCCCCUCAUUUAUCUGCUCAGCAACAGCCCCAAGCUGUCCCUCCAGCGCAACGCCACUUGGGUCUUGGCCAACCUGUGCCGCGGCAAGAACCCCCAGCCCAGCUUCGAGGCCGUUCAGAACGCCAUUCCCACCUUUGUCAGCCUGCUGGCGUCGGACGACCAAGAUACCGUUGUUGAUGCAGUCUGGGGUCUUUCAUACCUCUGCGAUGGCGAGUACCGCCGCAUCCAGGCCGUCAUUGACGCCGGCGCCAUUGCACCCCUGGUCACGCUGCUGGCCAGCCCCGUGUCCCAGCUGCAGCUGCCCGCCAUUCGCUGCCUUGGCAACCUGGUCACUGGCGAUGACAUGCAGACACAACAGGUGGUGGAUAGCGGAGCUUUGCCCAUCUUUGCCCGCCUUUUGGCUUCGCACAAGGAGAACAUCCGCAAGGAGUCAUGCUGGGCUCUCUCCAACAUCACUGCCGGUACCCAGCCCCAGAUCCAGGCCGUCAUUGACCACAACCUGAUCCCCCUCAUCGUCAAGGCGCUGGCCGAUGGUGACUUCCGUACUCAGAAGGAGGCUGCCUGGGCUCUGGCCAACAUCACCACGAGCGGCACCAUCCAUCAGAUCAGCUACAUUGUUGGACAAGGUUGCAUCAAGCCCCUGGUCGACCUGCUCGAUCGCGAUGACUCGAAGAUCAUCCUCGUGUGCAUGGAUGCCAUUGGCCGCAUCCUUGAAGCCGGCAAGCAGCCCGAUGGCUCUAACCCAGUCUGCGAGUGGCUCGAGGAAGCCGGAGGUGUUUCCUUGAUUGAGCAGCUUCAGGAUCACGAGAAUGAGGAAAUCUACAACAAGGCCCUCGAGAUUCUCGAGACCCACUUCGCCGAAGAAGACGAGGAGGACACUGGCAUGUUGGUGCCCGAUGCUAGCGGCACCAGCUUCAACUUUGCCACGCCCGUCCUGGCUCAGGGUGGCUUUGACUUUUAA